AUGUAUGGAAGGUGUGGAAGUGUAGAAGACGCUUUUCGGGCUUUCAACACGGUGGCCGAGAAGGACCUCGUGGCAAUGAACGCGAUUAUCACGGCGUGUAUCCAGCACAACGAGUUUGGAGAAGCUCUCAACUUGUUCCGGAUGAUGCAGCUAGAAGGGAUGAAGCCGAGCAAAGCCACAUUCGUUUCGGUGCUCAACGCCUGCUCUUCGCCGAGGGAUGCAAACCUUGUUCUAAGUUGCAUCCUGGAGACAAAGUCACUGGGAUCACACGAGUCAGAAGCAGAUCUUCUUCUCGGAAAUGCUGUCAUCACAAUGCACGGGAGGUGUGGAGACUUCGUGGCUGCUCAACAGGCUUUCAACUCAAUGGCCGUGAGGGACGUGAUCUCCUGGAACGCUCUCAUGGUGGCAGCCGAGAAAGGUGACGAGGUGCUCGAGAUCUUCCACCGGAUGCAGCUGGAAGGCUUUCGUCCCAACAAGAUCAGCUUCGUCAACUUCCUCACUGCUGCGUCUUCGAACUCCUCCGGCUCGAUUAUCUCCAGUGCUCAGAGCUGCAAGGCGAUCCAAGCACUGGCAGUCCAGGCGCAGGUUUUCCGAGACGACGUUAUCAAGCACGGCUUCAUCAACCUCUACGCGAAGCUCGGCAACCUCAACCAGGCCGACCAAGUGUUCCAGGACAUCUCACGCCGGGACGUGGUAUCCUGGAACUCGAUCAUCGCAGCGUACGCUCGCAACGCCACCGCUGCGCAGGCGCUGGAGCUGUUCCUCGAGAUGCAGCUGCAAGGGAUCCCUCCGGACGGGAUAACUUUCGUGAGCAUCCUCUCGGCGUGCAGCCACUCGGGCCAGGCGGCGAGCGCUGUCUUCUACUUCUCGUCCAUGGCGAUCGACUAUGGAGUUCCAGCGGGACCGGAGCACCAGGGGUGCCUGGUUGAUCUCUUCAGUCGCUCGGGGCGAUUGAGCAUCGCGGAGGAGCUCUCGGAGAGUAGUAGCGGCGGUGGUGGCGGUGGUGGCGGUGGUGGCCUCCAGUGGAUGAUGGUGCUGGGAGGAUGCCAGGUCCAGAACGAUGCUCGGCGGGGCGUGGCGGUGGCGGAGCGUGUCAUGGAGAUGGAGCGGAGCUGCGCUGCUGGUCAUGUGGUUCUAUCGAAUCUCUUGCGUGGCGCGCCCACGAUAGUCGCGUAUGCCCGGGAUGGGCCGAGAGAAUAUUCUCCUCCAUGCUGGAGAGAAAUCACUGAGUGCUUACAGUUUAGCUAUGAGCGAUGGGAAUCUUGUCGUCCAAAACGCUCUACUCGUGGCAUAGACCAAGAACCAGCACUUCAGCUGUGCAAAAGAUAUGGUACAUUCUUUCGAAGACACUAG